GUGUUUUAUAGGCAAAGCCCUAGGGAAGCCCCGCCCACCGCAGGGGCUCUGCCCUCUGUCACCACCUGCCCAUCCCUCUGCUCGCCCCACCUGCCCCGCGCCGGGGCUCUUACCAUGCCCGAGGAGGCUCCAGUGUCCCCCAGCUGGGGAAUGAACAGGGGUGACUUUCUCUUCUGGCCCGAGUGGGGGAGUGAAGGGUCCUGCACCUUGCCCUGCACACCCACCCUGGAGAGCAGUAGAAAAAGGGGCAAAGGCAGGGCCCUACAGAGAUUGGGAGUCACUCAUUGAUUCAAGGGGGAGACAAGGUUGGCAGUUUGCUUCAGGGGAUGGAGUUGUGCAGCUCUGUGUGGCAUUUCUCCUUGUCAUCAAGAGAAAAGUGUCCUUGCCGUGGUCUCAUCCUCCCCCCACCCCCACCCCCCACAGGAGUGAGAGAGAAGGUUCAAGCUUGAGCUGCUUGUUGUGAGGGAGGCAGCCCAUGUGAGGGAAAUCAGUGGCUCACUGGUGGGAAGCACCACACAGGGAGCUGCACAAAACUCUGUAGCUCUGGUGGCUGCACUUUUCACUUGCACCGUAGAGGCUGCAGGAUUGUGUGUAAUAAAAUGCCUGCUCUCCAACUCAGUGGCAUUUUAAAUGCUGCAGUAGAAAUCCUAACUGUUGCCAAGUUCUAUGUAAGUUGUGUAACAGCAGGGAGAAAUCCCCUGUGAAAGCAAAUUAACUGUAGCCAAAUUCAGUCUGCUGCUACACUGUCCUGUCACGUCAUUGCUGCAUGUCAUGUUUCACAGCUCAUGCGGUUUGGAUGCAUUUCUGUUGAAGGAUUUAAUGAUCAGGUAGACAAGGCAAGUGGGUGGGAGCUAAUAGUUACUGUCAUUCAGCAAUGGGUGUCUUGGAUAAAGGUGCUUUAUUUUUAAGAGAUCACAGGUUGGAGCGAAGAGACUCUUGGGCAGCUUUCAAACUCACUCAAGUUAAUCAGCUGCAUCUGUAUUUAUUAAGGCAUCUAAAUAAAUAUGGCAGUGCCUACCUGUGUGUAGGUUUAUAGGUUUUAAGUUGUUGAUUUUGAUGCAUAGUAAGAGGGAGGUGUUCUAAGCAUAUGGUAUUUUGUGAAGAAAGGCCUAGAGUCACUUGUAGGAGCAGAGGCAAAGAUACGUGGGGGAAAGAGGAUUGUCCUCAUUUGCUAUCUUAUUUCUGCACUUGCCACCCCAACACAUGCGCCUCUCGUUCAUGGAAAAAUGGGCACAAAAUCAUCCUAAAGCAGAGAUUCUCAAACUGGAGGGGUGGGGGCCAGUGGUACAUAGAAUGUAUUCAAGGGGGAGGGGCAUGACAAGCUUUUAGGACCAAAAAAACUUAGGAUGCACAUUUUACCCACAACAAUGAAUAGCUAGCAAAGCUGAUUCAUCCAGACAUAUCAGGUCCUCAGAUGGCACUGUGCAUUUUGAUGGAUUUCUGUUAAGCUUACAUAGCAUUAUGCAAAGUUGUUAAUCCAUUUGCUACGACAUGGUGUGCAACGUCCACCACAAUCGCAGUUUUGCUUUUGCUCUUAUUACAAUGGAUUGUUGGCUCAUUUGUGCAAUUCAUGGAAUUGCUCUGCUCCAAAAAACAGGCAAACCUAUCACGCUAGUAACAACAGUGUGAUGCAUAUAAGCAAGAUUUUACUUAAAAUUUACAAUAUUUGAUUCAAACAGAGCCAUUUCAGUAUAAAUGCCUUACUGUUUUUAAUAUUUAGUGAGAGUUGCAUAUCGAUUUCUUUUUAUCGGUAUAUGUACUUGUAUGGCGGGGUGGGAGGGUGUAAACUGCUAGAGACACAAGGAAGGGGAGCACGGUUAAAUAAGUUUGAUAACUACUGUCCUAAAGAAUAGAUAUUUUAAAUUAAAUGAACCACUAAGAAAUGUCAGAUACAGAUGAUUACGCAAACACCUCCAUUUUACUCCAUAUUUUAACCCAUUUCUGCUGAUACCAAAGAAUCAGUAGUGUAAUAAUUAGAAUUCUUCUGCUGAUUCUGAGUUACUCACAAUACUUGAAUUUUUGGAUUAGCUAUUUACAGAUGAGAUGGCAGUUGUUUUCUGAAUUUUUCACCAGCAGGUAGUUAUUCCAAUUCCUUUGUUUUAGAGGAGGUUUAGUGACUGAAGUGUUGGAAAUGAUUGCAUCGUGAGACUUCAGUCUUAAAUGUAAAUUAAUCAGGACAUUAGGUAACUAAAUUGUUGUGGAUUUGUUUCCUAAUUAUAUACCCAAUGAAAAGGAAGUGGCCCUCAUUUUUGCCUCAACCAUCUUUUCCUAGUAAACUUAAGAAAUCUUUAUUUGAAAUAAUUAAAAUGUGCUUGCCUGUAUUGUCUGCUAGUGGUGGCUGUCUUGUUGCAGAAUGACACCUGCAACUGUACAGGAGCACCUGAAUCCAGCUAAUCAAUUAGAGUUCCAUCAUGCUUGAACACUAGAGAACAAUAAAUUGGUUUGACUAAAGACUUGAGGCUUCAGCACACCUUUCAGGCCAGAUUUAAUUCUAACUGGUGUUCCUAAAUGUGUUCUCAAAUAAGUUUUUAUUUAAAAACAUGUCAGGCCUCAUAAUUGCAGAAAAUUUGGGGCAAAAAAGCUAGUGAGCAGUCACCUCUCUUUAAACGGGGAAGGCAAAUACUACCUCCAUUAUGGUAAGGGUGUAACUUCAAGCUUCCUGCGCAUGCUUCCAAGAUAUUUUUCCCCAAGAUAGUUUGAAUAGGAGCGGGGGUGCAGGUAGAUGGAACAGUGAUUAGACCAACUCGUAGGGUUUUUCUAAUUUUGGGCUGUCAAGACUGCAGAGAUUAUUGUGGACACCAUUCCAUUACACAUUGGAUACUGAGUUACAGUUAGCAAGGAACUAUAGAGUAAGGCUGUGGUCUUGCAAAUCUUAUGCACUGUGGGACAAUUCACAGUUAAGCAUGUGCACAUGGCUUGCAGGACUAUAGCCUUCGUUUCUUCACAAAUCAUUUUUCUGGCUUUAGGAUGGAGGUUUCUUUUGCAUGAGAUCAAUGCAAAUCAAGUAUUCAGUAUGUUCAAAACCCACUAAUCUUUCCUAGGAUGAGCAGCUGACUAAUGGUCUGACUGUGGUUGCUUUAGGACUUCUCCACGGUUGCUUUGCAUGGCAACACAACAGAAAAGCACUGGAGAGAACUUGGAAGAUUACCAGAGCCAGAAUGAACCGAAGGCUGAACCAAGCUCUGCUGAGAAGAUAUUCAUUGAAGAAAAAGCCAAAUUGGAAGAGCAACUAAAAGAAAUGACUGACAAGUACAAGCGAGCCCUCGCAGAUACAGAAAACUUAAGGCAAAGAAGCCAGAAACUGGUAGAAGAGGCAAAAUUGUAUGGGAUUCAGAGCUUCUGCAAGGACUUAUUAGAAGUUGCUGACGUUUUGGAAAAAGCAACUGAGAGUGUUCCAAAAGAGGAACUCAAGGAUGAAAACCCUCAUCUGAAGAACCUGUAUGAUGGUCUUGUCAUGACAGAAGUACAGAUUCAAAAAGUAUUCAAAAAGCAUGGCCUGCUCAAACUGAAUCCUGUUGGAGCCAAGUUUGAUCCCUAUGAACAUGAAGCUUUGUUCCAUGCUCCCAUGGAAGGGAAGGAGCCUGGUUCUAUUGCAUUAGUAUCCAAGGUUGGCUAUAAGCUGCAUGGGCGUACGUUGAGGCCUGCCUUGGUGGGAGUUGUGAAAGAAGUUUAGUGGUCCAAUUCAUAAGAAUUAAAAAUGCCAUACAACUAUUAGAUGGCUGACUAGUUUUCCUCUUCCAAUGUGCUUUUUUUUUUUUCCCCCUUCCCACACACUCUGUGGAAGGCUUAAAUUAAUCUGUGAAACUGAAGCAAAUGCUGAAAUUUCAUUUCUUAAUGGACCAUAAAUAAUCUGAUGGACCUCAAUUUACAAUUUUUUGUAUUGUAUUUUGCACUUAAGAAGCAGAGCUGACGAGCCAUAAAAUGUUAUCCAAAAUACAGAUGGUUUAAUCUGUAAUAAUCCUGGCUACUGAAGGUAUGUUAAGUUGAAAGAAACAAAAUAUAUUUACAGGAAACUGCAUGGUAACAGCUUGAUCACUGUUUAGAAUGAAGAACUCUUUGACUUUGUGUGUCCUUUUGUGUUGCAUUUCCUAAUAUCGCAGUAGUUUCUGGGAAGCAAUGCAUGUAAUUAGCUGUCUGCAAAUGCCCACACAGGCUUUCACAAAACAGACACACUCAUCAGCUGCUUGCUCACUUGGUGGAUUGCUGUUUCUAUUACAUGUCUAUUUCCUGAAAUCGGGCCUUUCUUUGAACAGCAAAAGUUUCAAUACCUUUGUGAUUCCAGAUCUAGGUUUGAGGUUAUAAAUAAAAUACAGGGUGGGGGAGGGGAUUGGCUUCAUUGCUUUUAUUCAUAUGCUUCAUAAUCUCUUCUCAAGGAAACCAUUUAAUAUUUGUAUGGCAUUGAAAUAGCUAUAGAAAAAAAAAACUGUCCAAUCUCUGGACAUUCUUUGAAAUUCAAUCACUUUGCUGUGCAAAUUUUAUUUGCAACUGUACUAAAGGUCACAAUAGCAACCACCAGAAAAGUUAAGUAUAUAAAAAUGGUUUUGGCAUCUGUUACCUUUUUAUAAUUCAUGUAGAUUUAUAAAUACCUGGUGAGCACUGUUAAAAGUAACUGGAUCAAACAAUAUAAAUGAAAUCUACUUCAUUUACAUUCCUUAA